AUGCAUCGUAGCGUGGAAUAUUGGCAAGAGUUCAUAUUUAGCUUUGUAGUGUUCCAACUGAACCUGAUAAAUGAUUUAGAAUUUCAGCUAAAGUUGACACUAAACUACUUCGAAAUAUCGGCCAAGAACAUCCACAAUGAUGCAUUGCCGAAGCUUCCGGCAAUUAUUUUCGGGACGGAUGAUAUCGCGGUGCAAAUGAGUGUGUUCCUGGCAAUCACAGGCAUGGUCACCUACGCAUCCUUGUUGAUGAUUCAGCUAGUUGGUCGCGCCGCUAGACACAGCUUGAUGCUUGUACUCGAGCAGGUGUUUUUGGCUUCGUUUGGUCUCUUUUUGACAAUUACCGGGAUCAUCGUGCACAUGAUGGUUGAAGACAUGGAGCUGGCAUAUCGCGUGCUUUCCAUCAGCAUACUAGUCUCGCACUCUAUCCUGGCCUUACUCCUCCUGAUAGCGAAGGUGAAGCAAAUGAAUCGCGUGGCGGACCGUGAGAGUACCACUAGCAACCAGGUGGACCGUGUACGAAGCUUCCGUCGUAGCCCGCCCAGUAACAAUGGGAUAAUGGAAGUGAGCCGAAACGACCGAUACACAUAUCGUUUUGUCAAUCCGGGCUCUAACACCGGCAAUGAAGUGAUGAUUCCGCCGAAUGUACGGUAUGCUAGCAUGUUUGAACCGCGAGAUCCGUCCUACAGCGAACCGUACCGAGCCAUCAGAACUUCUGAUCCGAUUUCGUCCAACAGCAGCCAUGCAGCUGAAGCACAACCCGAACAAGUGUCCAACGGCGUGUCGAUUACCGAACUAUCACUAUCGAUGCCGUCCAGCAGCCGUCAGACAUCUGGCGAAACAUCUGAACUGUCAGCGUGCACAACCCGUCCAACAACCAUUAAACCAUUCCGUGUAAAUCCGACCACCUUUCGUCGGGCAACGUUGUCGGUUGAUUCUUCUACCGGGCUGUUAAAUGAGGAAGAAUCGAAACCUCCUCCGCUACCCAAACGCCCGAUCUCAUUCAACAGCGAUGCAGAACCAAUGCCAUCCACCAGUCGUCAGAACAUGCCAUCCAUCAGUCGAACACGUAGCAACAGGCAGUCAGAACCAAUUCCAAGUACAAGCCGUCAGUCAACCACGGAACCAACUGUGUCUUACAAGAGUGGCGAUGAUUAUGGUAAGCAAUAUCAGGAAAGCAAGACUCUGCACUGUACGCUUGAUUGA